CACCGCGUCGCCGUGGCGACGUUUGUGACACGGCCACCCGGGAGGGGUAUGAAGGCGGUGCACGCUGGUGGGUCCUGCAUCCUGAAGGAGCAUCUGGUAGAGAGCAGACGCACCUGAAGGGAUGAGCUCCGGCAUGGCUGGCGCCAACAAGGAGCAACCCGCUGGCACGAGGCGGAACAGGAUGAGCUUCUGCGAGGAUGGCCCCGCAGUGAGGCGUGCCUCCAUACCCACCUGCACCGACACCGAAGGUACACGGCUCCACAGCCACCACAGGAGCGCUGCUGCAGCCAAUCUUGGCACGCAGACGACACUUUCCAUCUGCCACCUCACUCCCGCCUGGCAGCGGGAGGGCUGCCGGGAAGCGGCAGGUGCAGAGUGUGACCCGCUUUUCCUUUGCCCUCCAGAGCGAGUUGCCGUCUGGGAUGCGGUGGCCGCCUACGUACAAGAGCACCUCCUGGUGCAGAAGGGGGUCUGGAUUCCCACCUUCGGAUCCUUUGACACCAUCUCCAGAGACAUCAGGACUGAGGACGGGACCGUGACUCUGCGGUGGCCCGUCUUUCACUUGUCUGGAAACCUCAUAGCCGUGCACCACCUCAAGCCCCGCAGGGAGUCCCUGCCAGCCCAUAGGAAGCUGGAGCCGCUCAAGAGCAGCGAGGUGGCCGCAGCUGCCUCUGUGACCUGGCAGACAGCGCAGGCUUGCAUCCAAAGCACCGUGUCCCUGCUCUCUGGCUGCCUGAAGAAUGGGGAGAACGUUGCCGUUGUCUUCAAGGACAUUGGAGUGCUCCACAUCGAUGGACUGACCUUCCACAUGAAAUUCUAUUACGACUUCCUUGAGAAGCUGUCAGGGAAAGAGAAGUUCAGGAAAGCUCUUCUCAAGGUGAGCUGUAGCUUUCUACCACCAGCACCUGGCCAGCUGCUCGUGCCGUGCAAGUGCUGCGGUGCCGUCAGCCCUCCCUGCCUUGGGCUCCUUGUGCGCCCAGUGCCUCAGCCGUCACAAGGACGUCCCACAUCCUCCCUGUUCCUCCCCUGCAGGCCCCCUGGCUGCUGGACAUGGUGGUGUCCCGAGCGGCACCGGUGGCCUCCCUGGCACUCUCUGGCUGCCUCGUCGUCUUUCCCAAUGAGAUUUGCUGGCAAGCCAACCUUCAUCAAACGCUUGAGCUCGGACAGUCUAGAUGGAGGAAAACUCCGAAGGAUAAGGAGCUUACUGCGCAAGGAGAGCUCUACGUCCAGUCUGCUGCCAGCCAUCCCUGGAGUGCCUGAAGACCAAAAGCAGCCGCUGACCUGCCAGCUGCAGGGCCAGGCAGAAACCAACAGCCAAGAAGACCUGGGCCGAGCCCCGGGAACCAAACACGUGAGCUUCCGUGAGGAAGAACAGGAAGCGGAAAAAGCCCAUCGUGUGGCUGCAGAGCUGAAGUUGCCCAAAGCCAACGAAUCUUUCAGCAAAGAUUCCAGACCUUCCUCAAGGGCUCAGUCCAGCCCGUCACAGGCAUCGCAAGGCACUCCAUCCCGGCUUCCACUUCUGGCAUGUGACUCAGUCAGACUUCUCAGGCGCAGGGCUAAGAAGAGCAGGCAGAAAGAACCUGAGGAGAUGGAAGCAUCAACAUCUCAGGCUGAGGCCAGCCAGCCGCAGGAGUCCUCUGCCGACAGAGCUGGAUUGCUGCCACCGAUAAACGAAGAAACACAGUCUCCUCAGCGUCAGCCUCCAAACACCAAAGCCCCACCGCGCAGGAAGGGCGCACCCUACCCACGCUGA